AUGGUCGACGACGAGCAAGUGACGUCGACGGAGGACAAGAAGGACAAGACAAUGGGUACGAGCACCAGCGUGGACGCCGUGAUGAAGUGCAUGAAAGCGGGCGCGUUGCUGAAAGACAACGAGCGCGCGCAACGCUACGUGAGUAUUGUGAGGUCUGCGAUGGCGUUGGAACGGUUUGUUCGUGCCACUACCGAAGUGGAGCCCAGGCAAGUGGUGGGGACCAAGGACGAAGGAAUGGUGAAGCCGGCGACCGACGGAGAAACGAAAGAGCGGAGAAUGACGCCGUGAUCGAUCCCAGAGCGACGGACGACGAGACGAGUGGAGCAGGCGGCGCCAUCGCACGAGUACGGCUGGCGCACCCGAAAGGCACACAAGGACAGUAAAGCUGCUGAAGGCUAAGGGGUCCCUGGAGCGUCGACGUAUCGCUGAACUAGUGAUCGAAGAAGAACAGCGGCGUGUUGACGACGAGCGACGAGAAGCGCGUCGCAAGUAGCGGGAAGAGGCAAUGAGACAAGCAAAUCGACGUACGGCGCACCGCUCGAGGAGGCGCUGUAUGCGCAUUUGGUGGUGGGGAACCAGCGCGCGUGAGCCUAGUACAGCAUGGCGACACGAUACGGCAGCAGCCGGAAAAGGCGAAUGACGUGGAGUACAUCGGUGCUGACGAUGGCCUUCCGACGGCCCAGAUGGAGGUUGACGGUGUGUUAGGCAGUGUCAAGCUCGACAGUGGCGCUCGAUACACUGUCGCUGACACU